AUGGAUUCAUCAAAAAUCUGCACCUAUUGGGACCAUACGUUCGCAUGGACGCCCCUUCAUCAAACGAGGGAACAGUUGCGUUCAAAGAUGCACACUUAUGACAGGCUUGGGGAUGAAUGUAUCGACCAGAUCAACGAUAUCGGCCGUCAGGUAGUUAAUCAAGACAGGCAAAAUGAUCCAGACAGGAAGUUACCCGAUUUGGAUGUGUACAUCAUGCUGAAGGAUCACGCAAAAGAUGAUCCGAAGCUUAGUGAACUCUGGGCACAAGUCAACACAGUGCCGGACUGGGUUGAGUGGCAGCAGAUCAAACGGGGACAGGAGGUGUUCUUCCGUUAUGGGCUUCCCAUCCUGAACGUGCUGAACUUCGAAAGCCUCUUGGGCGGCAUGGGCUCACCAAGUGUCGUUAAGGCCUUAACCUUAUGUGGAGGCUUCAACCAUAUAUAUGUCGUGCGGAAGAGACUACUGGAGACCCUACAGUUUAUCCUUCAAGUCUCUGAAUCCGUUGACGCAAUGAAGCCAGGCGGUGUCGGUAACAUCUCAUCCAUCCGCGUUCGGCUGCUGCAUGCUUAUCUUCGCUCCUUGAUUUGUGUUCGGGAAAGGUAUGACAAGGAGAGGUACGGAGUCCCUAUAAAUGACCUUGACAGCCUCGCAACAAUUAGCAGUUUCUCGUCUAUCAUCAUCUGGCUUGGCCUCCCCCGGCAAGGUAUUUGGCUCCGCAGGCAAGAGAUGGACGACUACCUAGCUCUCUGGAGGCUGGUAGCCUACUACCUAGGGGUUCCAGACGAACCUUUUGCUAGCCAGCAAACCGCACGAGCGCUAAUGGAGUCUCUCCUUGUAUCGGAGGUAGAUCCUAUAAAAAUUGGUAGAGUCCUAGCUCGUAAUAUACUCCGCGGCCUGGAGAACAAAGCCCCAGCGCAUGCUUCAAUGGGAUUCAUGGAGGCUAUGGUUCGACGACUGAAUGGGAAGCAACUCUCUGAUAGCCUUCAAAUCCCUCAGCCCACGCUGUACUAUCGGGUUCUGAUAUACGGGUACUGCUUCUUUGUCAUGGCGUUAGCAUAUGGCACCCGAUUGUUUCCGAAGCUCGAUCAGAGGUUUAUCGCGUAUCGUCGUCGAUACUAUUACACCAUGAUAACCGACCGAGAGAAAGGGCUUGGAGGCGAGUCGCUCUUUGACUUUGUAUACAAGCCAUCUCAUGCAGGGCCGCUCUAUAAAGCAGUGACGGUCAAGGAGGAAGAAAAGAUUCCGAAAACAUCGCGACGCGGCAUUGAAGCACUGGCCCGAGUGGGUCUUGUGGCUGCAUUUAUUACUGUUGCGACUUUGCUCGGUGGGGGAUUCUAUGUGAUUCGUAUGGUGAUGCGAGUAUUCUCUCCAAAGAUAAGAUAUUAA